UCGGCACGCAGACUUGCCAAAUCGCGUAUUUUUAUUGUAUUGAUCUGAAAUAUAAUAUCCAAAAUAACCGCGACAUAUACACAAACUGUUCGACUUCGUUCAUUGAGGUUUUAAGCUAUUAGUGUAUGAACUAUAUACAUGCGGCUGUAGUGCACUGUAUUAGCGUAUUUCAAUAAGUGCUAAUCUUGUAUUACUGCACUUUGAGGGAUUGAAGUGGAAUAGAGACGGGAAGAUUUUAAGCAGAAUAUAAAUGUGAAGAACGCUUGUAUUGUUGUUAGAACGGAGAACUGACUACUUUUAUGAGGACUUUUUAUGUUUGUUUUAUUGUGAAAUUGUGAUUGAAACUUAAACGUUAUCAUGGAUGCUAGCUAGUUACAGGAAUUUCAUUUUAACAACGCACAAUUUUACGAAUGACGAUUAAACAAGAGUAUUCAUUAUAAAACAUCUCAUACUAAAUGAUUACCUUAAACUUGGAGUUGUUGGAACAAUGCAGUGUUAUAUAUUUCAAUAGCUUUACAUACCUUUGAAUAUGUAAGUGCCAUGCUAUUGAAAUCAAUUGAUAUGGGUCCACACAAUGAUCUACGAGUCUUUAUCAAAGCCGCUUCAUAUGCGCUCACUUUAGCACUGGGUGUCUGUCUUUUGUUACCGGAAGUUGGUUGUGAGUCGUCCUCAGCCGUACCGGCCGGAAAUCAGACGUCUACGACUUCACCAGUCCACCAGUAUAGCCACUCAGCGCCAGCCAAAUCCUUUCCCGCCUGGCUUAUUGGCGUCAUCGUUCUCACAUGCCUUGGAGUUUUAAUCGUCAUAGCUACCAUUGUCCAGAGGAUAAUGCGCAGACGGGAGAACAGGAUGGAUCAAUAUAGGAUGGGAACUGCUUAGAACAUCAUUAGAAUGUACGCGGGAUUCACAGAAAAUACGUCACUAAGGAAGUCGAUGACACUAAGCAGCUCGAGUUUGCGCAAGGUGCAACGGAAGUUCAUGCUAUUUUUAGAUUCCUUCGCGCUUCGAGUUUUCUUGUUAAGCCAAAUAUAUUAGAACGUAUAAAAAUAGUUUCGAUAUAAUGAAAGCGCCAAUAUUGUUGACAAAACUGACAUUAUACAAGCAUGUUUGUUUUGAAAGCUAUAGACUUGACUUACCAGUAUCUAUAUUAAAGGCAAUGCCACUGGGCGACGCAUAUGGACGGGCACAACGGUAAUUAAAUUAUUAUCAUCAGCUCUUAAAAGGCAAGAUAAUCGUGUAUAAGACGAAAUGGGGCAGUGGAAAUGACUUGUGGGGCAGUAUGCAGGCGAUUCUUGUUGAAAUAAACACAGGAAGAAUAA